UAGAGGUUGUGUAAGCUGGAAAUAAUUAGUAAAGUGUUGACAAGUCUGUCUUAUAUUAUCCUCAGAUAUUAUCCUCUGAUGUCAUCCAAGCCCAAAUGACUCCAUUUAUUUCAUAACAAAUCAGCAUGGAUGAGCACAAGCUUGAAGACCAGCUGAGACCAAAUAUUGAUAGAAGUGUGGAUGGUGAACAUUCAUCCACGUCCUUGGAAAUUGUGGUUUCUUGCAAUACUCCAGAGACGAAAAUUGAGCGGGAUAUAUCCAAUGCAGAGGAUUUAGGAGACUGUCAGAUUUCUGCUAGUGAUAAUUGCACUCUGCCAGAUGUCGAGUCGUGUAUUCAUCCAUUGGGUUCUAUAAAAGCUGAUACUGCUAGAAGUUGUCGGUUGAAUGCUGCGAGUGUGUCGGAAAAAUUAACUGAAUCAGGAGCCGGGGAAGAGGACAGAAUAUUAGACAAAGAUGACAAGGAUUUAGAAAGAUUUUCCAUCAAUAGUUUUUUAAAUGAUGAUAGUGUUGUGGAAUUUUCUGUUGAAAAUACUAUAAAUACAGAGCCAGAAGAAACCAAAAUAUUUUUUGAGCAAAAAACAGAACGUGAAAGUCACGACACUGAAACAGAUAAACUGAGUCGGCCCAGCUCUUCCGAAAGUGAUAAAAUAUCAUCAUCAUCAUCGCGUUCAGUUCAUGAUGAGCCACAAAAUUCAAACUAUCUUCUCACAGAGAUUGAAAGUCUGUUGACUGCAUCGGAUGGAUGCAGUCCCGACUCUGACUUUGAGAUCAGUAAAGUUGACUUCUCUUCCGCCCCCAAAGAAAAUCUGAUGAAAAUUUUGUCGUGCUUGUUAGAUGAGUGUGAUUCAUUAAAGAGAGAUAAAGCAAGGUUAGAGGGAGAGGUGGACAGGCUGGAGGCCGACCACUCCUCCCAGGUGUAUGAAGCACAGAUACAAGCGUUGGAGAAAACUCUAGCACAAGCACAAGCUGACUCGUGCAGCUGGCAAGAGAAACUACAACAAGCUGAGGAGAAUUACAUGAAGGAAAAUAUCAAGAUUCGGUGCGACCUGACGGCUCGUCUAGAGUACAUGACCAAAGAGUACGAAGCUGCCAACAGGGACAAAGAGUCCAUGGUGAUUAAAUAUGCUACAUCAGAGAGAGAGGUAAUAGUGGCCAAGAAGCAGAAGGAAGCAGUUGAGAAGAAGAUGAAGGAAAUGGAGAAGGAGAGAGAGCAACUAGUCAGUAAGAACAAGAUGUUGAUAUCAGAGCGCGCUCGUAUCUGCCAGACUCUGGACACUAAGGUGCAGAAAAAUAAUUGGUAUCAACGGGAGGUGGAGAGGCUGAAGGAAGAUAUCAACAGCCGAGAUAUCAAGAUCAAAUGGGCGCAGACUAAGCUCAAGGCUGAGAUGGAGGCACACCAGGAAACUCAAGGGAAGCUGGACCGAGCACUAACAAAGAUUACGAAGCAUGAGGAGGAGUUGAAGACCGUCAAAGAUGAAGCUGAGAGUAUUGUGCGUACCACCAGGGACAGCGAGAACUCCAGGGCAAACAUUUUAGAUAUGCAGCUUAAGGAGGAGAAAGCCCGGCUUAUCAUGGAGCGGCAAGCUAACGAGAGCAGAGGGUCUGCUUUCAACCGGCUGUCAGCAGAGUUGGAGGCUCUGAAGCUGAAGCGUGCAGCUCUGCUGGAGGAAUCUACAUCUCUGAAAAAGAAAGUGGCGACUUACGAGGCGGAACGGAGUGAAACUGAGAAAUUGUUUACAAGUUUACGCAGUGAAGUGACGGCAUCACGACAGGAGGCGGCAGACCUCAGUCACCAGCUGUCUAACUCAACACAUCUCCAGCAGCAGCUUAACAGGGAGCGUGAAGAGGUGGCCACGGCGAACCGGGAGAUUGAUCGGCUACAAGCUAACAACAACGAGAUAGAGAGCGAACUUCUCGCCUGCCGACAAAAGGAAGCGGAACUGCUAGCCUUCACGCAGAAAUUGACCGACAAGAAUGUACAGAUUCAGAGUCAAUUCUCCGCACUUCAGUCGAAGACGCAACUGAUGGAACUUGUGCAAACGGAGAUGAAAGCAGAAUUAGACGAGCUCAAGGUGCAGAAGUUGAAAUUGAAGACAGACCUUGCUAAAGAAAAUCAAACACACAUUUCCGAGUUAGAGCAGCUCAGACGGCAGCUAGCGGGGAGAUCGGAAGAGGUGAGACAGUUGACUACCAAAGUUAUGGAACUUGAAAACGAGAUCCAGGUGCUCAACAAGAAGCAUAAUAACUCUUUAAAAGACAUCACCCGGGAGAUGCAGAAACUCCGGAAGCGUUUAGCGAUCCAAGAGAACAGCCCUGGCGGAGGUAGCGGAGCCGGCAGCGGAGUCGUGUCGAGUGGACGGUCAUCUCAGUCGGCAACUCCGCAUGACUCCUUAUCUCAGGGGUCAAGAGCUUCUUCCAACACUUCCCUUAAUACCAUCGAAUACCAGAGUACCAAUGGUAGCAGUCCUCAUUCUCAGGACUCUCUGCCACCUCUUCACGACCCAAUUGUGACCCAGCAGCUACUCGUUGACCGAAUUAUAAAACUCCAGAAGUCUGCCGCCCGACGCUCGGAAAAAAUUGAGUUCCUGGAGGAGCAUAUUUCUCACUUAGUGUCGGAGGUGAAGAAGAAGUCUCGUAUUAUCCAUCAUUAUAUUAUGAAGGAAGAGGCAGGAGCCCUGGCAAAUUCUGCCUCAGAUGACUCCAAGUCUUCCAUUGCAAACGGUGGACGAGUGCAAAGAAAGAGCCAGGCUGAGCUGAUGCGUCACGGAGGUAUCAUGGCGUCGGUGUACGGGUCAGCGCCGCGCGAUGGAUCCAUGACCCUGGAACUCUCUCUGGAGAUCAACAGGAAGUUACAGGCAGUUCUGGAAGACACCUUACUCAAGAAUAUCACCUUAAAGGAGAACCUCAACACCCUGGGAGAUGAGAUUGCUAAGAUAUCCCGCCAGAACCAGGAGCUGGAGUCUCAUAAAUAACAAGACCAGGAGCUGGAAGUCCCAUAAGUGAUGUAUGGGGAGUGGAGAGUCAUUGUAGACUUAUCUCUAUGGUGAAGCUGUAAACCCAUAAGGGUGGUGUAGCACCUAGGUCAUGGGGGAGGUUAAUCACGUUUGAUCCAUAGUAAGGGCUACAUGGCUCCAUUUCCUUGGAUCAAGGGGCCUCCACCAGCAUGACUGCCUUGUGACAUGGUGGUGACAGGCACCUUGGCACCUUGGUCAAGGGCUCUUGAUCCAGUGAAUGGGAGCUUCCCCCUCCAUUCCCUUAUGCCACAUCAAAUUGCUAUCCCCAUUCACCAGGGACUGUACAACUCAUACAGGUUUAGCGCUUCCCCUAUGACGUGGGUCCGUGCACAAGAUUCACGAAUACAUGAUAGGCCUAAAAUAAUGUCCUCAGUCAAUAUUAUAUAAAUAUAUUUAUAACAUAU